GGCGCAUGCGCCGACUAAUCCCAUCGAGGCAGGCAGCUCCAAAUUCGGUAACAGCGAAUAAGCUUAAUUUUCUGUAAUAUAGACAACUGUUUACAUGAUUAUGAAUAAGAACAUCGUGAUGAAAAGUUGGCUGUGCAUUUGUUACAUUGUGCUGUUUAUAGACGAAGUGUCUCUACAGAAAACAGUUGAGGGUUUUGUUGGAAGUUCUGCAGUGCUGCCCUGCCGGUACAAUAAACAAUUGCAAGACCUGACAGCACAUUGGAGAUAUAAUGACAUCAAGAAUGUUUAUGACAUACAAGCAGGCACAGGGUCGGCUAAGGAGCAGCACCAGGACUACACGAGCAGAACUCAGGCGUUUUCUCACGAAUUUGUAAAAGGCAACUUCUCCCUCAAGCUUGAAAAUCUUCGACUCACUGAUGCAGGAACGUACUGCUGCUACGUUAUUGACAUUAAUUACCAGCAAUGCACAGAUCUGAGUGUUAAAGAAAGACCACGUGAAACCAAGAACGAAGAAAAAGCAGAAAGAAUGAACCACGGAGUUGAUACAAAACCAAGCAGAAUUGUAGCACUUUUAAUUUCUUUGUUAUCUAUGAUUAUUCCUCUCUGCAUUUGAUUCUGUGAAUAGUUUACAAGCUUGUGCUUUAAUAAUAGCUGCAGUGAGCCAUUUCUUGACCAACUUCCUGAUCAGGACUAAAGUUCAUUUUUAUGGACCAAUGAAUUAAUGUAACAUAUAUUAUUAUUAUAAUAGCUCUAUUGUUUAGAUAUAGAGCAGUAACACAUAGUCUUUAACAUAUCUAACCAGCUAAACCAUUUGUUUACGACAAAUGACAGCAAAGAUUUGAGUGAUAUAAGGCUACAGUAGUUUGUGUAAGGUACUUUUGUUUUGAGUAUUUUGCCGACAUGCACUUUGAAAAAAAAAACAUCUUUAAUAAUAGUGACAAUGAGAUUAUAACCUUUUGAAUACAAGGCUUUGUAUUCAUUAAUGUUGAUUUAAUAUGGCUUCUUUUCUGACUACGCAUGUUUUACUUAACCAAGUGUUUUAAGGGGUUGUUGUGUUUUAACUGUUUCUAGUGCUAUGGAAUAUAAAAAUAGAAUAUUGAAUGUUCACUAUAUACAAGUAAAGUUGCUCUUUGGUCACACUAAGGGGCGGUUUCCCAGACAGGGUUUAAGCCUAGUCUCAGACUAAUUUAAAUGUGAGAGAUGCCUUGAUCGAAAACAACUUGCACUGACAUAUCUUAAAAUAUAUCACUGUGAUUGUUUUGUCUCAAGAUGCACACAGUAAUAUUUUUUUUGUAAAGUAUGUUUUUUAAAACAACUUAAUUAUCCUAAUUUAACUAAGGCCUAGUCCUGGUUUAAGAUAAUCCUUGUCUGGGAAACCGCCCCUAAAUGUUUAUUUAUUACUUUAUUUAAAUUAUAAUGAUUUUAUUUUAUUUAAAACACCAUACUAUUUGCAGGUUGUCAAUAGCUUUUCUCUUUAGUUGAACUAAAACAAUUGUUUAUUUAUUUAUUAUUAUAUUAUUUAUUUGUUUGUUUAUAUAUAUAUAUAUAUAUAUAUAUAUAUACACUUUAUUUGUUAAUUUAUAUAUCUCCUGUUUGACAAGUCUUGUAUAUUUCCUGUCACUUUUUUGUGUUAAUGCUCUGCUGACUAAAUAGUGUGCACUGAAAUAAAGUUGUUCU